AUGAGUUCGUUGCACUACAAUUUGUUUCUAUUCCUGUGCUUCUAUGCUGCUGUUCAGGCUCAAUACAGAGAAGGCGAUAUCAUGUUGGGCGGACUUUUUAGCGUGCACCAGGUGCCAUACUGGCCAGGGUCGCAAUUUGAAGAGAUAUAUUUGAGAGGACUUGGUCGCAUGCAGGCCAUGAUCUUCGCAAUCGAACGAAUAAACAAUGACACAAGUCUUCUUUCGAACAUUUCCCUAGGAUAUGACAUAAGGGAUUACGGUGGAAACCUCUCAAAAGCUGCGGGACUCAUUUAUCAACUACUGACCGUUGAUUCUUGCGUCAAUUUAAGCCAAAAUGCCCCAAGAAAGAAAGCCAUCAUUUCUUUAAUAGGCCCAAACGAAUCAAGAACAGCGCUAUUCAUUGGUGGAUUUCUUCGGAUGCUCAAUGUUUCGAGCAUAACUGGAACAGCAACCAGUACGGAGCUUAGCUCUUUUACCUAUAAACAUUUAUAUCGAACAGUGCCUUCGGACAAGUUUCUUGCAAAAGCGAUGGUUGACUUAAUUACGCACUUUAACUGGGGUUAUGUUGCUGUGGUUGGACAAGAUGAUUCGUAUGGAAGAAGUGGAGCAUGGGCAGUGGUUAGCGAAAGUUCGUCAAGGAAGAGCUCGUUCUGUAUUGCUUUGACGGAGUUUAUACGCCUCGAAAGUCCGCAUCUGAGUGUUGGGAACAUAGUUAAAAAGCUUAAACAGAUGGACAAUGUCAAAGUUGUGAUCUUAUGGUUAUACGAGAAUUACCAAACGAAGUUUUUGGCAGAGGUUCAGAGGCAAAACCUAACUGGACGUGUGUGGAUUUUGAGCGAGAUUCAUUUAACUUCUACACUGCCAGUAAAAGGUAUUCUGGAGAGCUCUUUAGGAUUUCAAUUCCAUAAAUUCAGCGACUCUGGCUUCAAGGAAUAUUUAAAAGAAAUAUUGGUCAAGGAGAAAGACGAUAGAAGUUUUUCUGAAUGGAACCACAUUACAAGCGAAAAAUGGAAGUUCUUGAAGAACAUGAAGUGUGUUCAUCGCCAAAUUGAGCAGUGCUCUAACGAGUUGAUUAAAGAAAUCUACAGCUCCUAUGUUCCGUACAUCAUUGACGCCGUAUAUGCCGUGGCACACGCACUAGAUAUUUUCAAUCGAAAUUUUAGCUAUGACGAGACCAAAGAUCGGGCGAAACUGCAGAUAACCAAUAGUUUUGACGUGCAGAAACUUCUUGGCCGCGUCAGUUUUGACGGACUAACUGGAAAAAUCAAGUUCGAUCGAUUUGGCGACAGGAGCUCAGCGUAUUAUGACAUUUUCAGCUUUAAAAAUGUACCCAAUGGAGAUGUGGAGAGUGUAAAAAUGGUGCUGAUAGGAGAAUGGAAAAAUUCACAGAAAAACGAAACUCGCUUGAUUUUUCAUGAAGCCCUGAAUUGGACGACUAAAUCUGGUCGCCCUCCGAAAUCGGAAUGUUCGGAACAGUGUCCUCCUGGAACAAGGAAAUCUUCUACCUCACCUUGUU